AAAAAAUCAAAAUUAAUUAGAUGAACCACAUUGCAUUGCAUACACAACCUCUCAUCAUAGGUAAUCUACUAAUUGCUUUCUUGAUGAGUUAACCCAAAUCAACCUUGGCCUACACUAAAGAACAAGACCUUAAUUCAAACUCAAUAUUAUCCAAACCCCCUUUACUCCCAAACUCUCAAACCCAAAUUCCCAUCUCCAAAAAUGUCUCUUCAAUCUCAACCACAACAACCAGUCCAAGUUUACCCAACAAAUCAACCUCCUUCAUCAUCUCACCACUCAAAUGGUUCUUUUGGGGCAGUUUUCAUUGUCCUUGCUAUAAUACUAGUCAUUUCCGUUGUUGCUUGCUUUCUUGGACGCCUAUGCAAUAGGCGCUACAAUAAGACCCAAAGACCCCUUAACCCUAACCCUAACCCUAAGCACCAUAGACCACAGAUCCACAAUUUGCAUCCAAGAGAUGAUCAAGGGGACAUAGAACUAGGCUUUGAUGACAAAAGAAUGCCACCACCAAUCAUAAUGCCAAAAGGACAUGGUCAUGGUCAUGGUCAUGGUCAUGCUCAUCAUCAUGGUAAUGGAUCAGGCAUGGGACCCCAGAUGCAUGUUAAUGAUAACAUGAAAGAUUUUGAAAUGAGACAUGGCCACGGAGAGGAGGUUCGAGCAGGUGCAUAUACAUAGCCAUCUUAUGCUCUCUUUCUAUCUUAUUAUCUUCUCUUUGUUUCAUUCUGAGAUUUCCAACUGUAUGAUGUUGUAAAUGUAAUAUUAUGUUCUCUACUUUUUUACCCCUCAAAUUUACUUUUAAUGUGCCAAGUGUGUAA